AGAUGAGGGGCCAUACACAAAGCACUCCAACCCCUCCAGGCCACCGGAUGGAGCGCUGGCCAUCAGGAGGCAGAGUAUCCCAGAUGAGUUUAAGGGCUCCAGUGUUGUAGAGUUAAUGAAGAAAGAGGGAACCACACUCGGCCUCACUGUGUCCGGGGGCGUCGACAAGGAUGGAAAACCUCGGGUGUCCAACCUGCGCCAGGGAGGCAUCGCUGCUAGGAGUGACCAGCUCAACGUGGGCGACUACAUCAAGUCUGUAAACGGGAUCAACCUGACCAAGUUCCGUCACGACGAGAUCAUUAGCCUGCUGAAGAACGUCGGAGAACGUGUGGUUCUAGAGGUGGAAUACGAGCUGCCACCCGUCUCUGUUCAGGGCUCUGGGCUGAUGUUCAAAAGCGUUGAGGUGACUCUGCACAAAGAAGGCAAUACGUUCGGCUUUGUCAUCCGAGGAGGAGCCCACGAGGACAGGAACAAAUCCCGUCCCGUUGUCAUAACGACCAUCAGGCCAGGUGGACCUGCUGACAGGGAGGGUACGGUGAAGCCAGGGGACAGGCUCCUGAGUAUCGAUGGGAUCCGUCUUCAUGGGACGUCCCAUGCAGAGGCCAUGUCCAUCCUCAAACAGUGUGGACAGGAGGCGACGCUGCUCAUCGAGUACGACGUCUCCAUCAUGGACUCCAUAGCCACAGCUUCUGGGCCUCUGCUGGUUGAGGUAGCAAAGUCCCUGGGGUCCAGUCUGGGCCUGGCCCUCAACACCUCCAUGUACUGCAACAAGCAGGUCAUCAUCAUAGACAAGGUCAAGCCCGCAAGCAUCGCAGACAGGGAGGAUAACAAGCCUCUCUCCUUCCUCUGGGUGCGGGCGCUGCACGCGGGUGACCACAUCCUGUCUGUGGACGGUACCAGUAUGGAGUACUGUACCUUGGCCGAGGCCACCCAGCUGCUCGCCAGCGCCUGUGAACACGUCAAGAUGGAGAUCCUGCCACACCACCAGACCAGGCUGGCCCUCAAGGGUCCUGAACACGUCAAGGUGCAGAGGAGCACGCGGACCCUUCCCUGGGAGUCCUCCUCAGCCAACAACAACAGCAACUUCCUCCCCUACCAACACUAUAACACCUACCAUCCUGACCAGUCGCAGAGACACCAGGCCUCCAAGCACCACAAAACCUCUCCCAACAACCCCCCUCUAGGCUCCUCCUUCUCUCCUACCUCUAUGAGUACCUACAGUCUGAGCUCCCUCAACAUGAGCACCCUGCCCAGGAACAUGUACCCCACCAGCCCCAGAGGAACCAUGAUCCGGAGGAAACUCAAGAAGAAGGACUUCAAGAGCUCACGUACGUUCCCUUAA